AUGUCGCGAGUAACUCACCCACCCACCUUCCCAGUGAGCUUCCGACUCCUGAGCAUUGUGCUGGUGUUGCUCUUCCAUGCAGAAGGCAUGCAUGCAGAGAGCCCCAGUGAAUUGCCUGUGAAUGACACGGAGGAAUGUGCUGGCUCGUAUAUCUGCAAAAAGGGUGUGAUUUUACCAAUAUGGGAACCCCAAGAUCCCUCAUUUGGUGACAAAAUCGCUCGGGCAACAGUGUAUUUUGUAGCGAUGGUGUACAUGUUCCUGGGUGUGUCUAUCAUAGCUGACCGCUUCAUGUCCUCCAUCGAAGUCAUUACAUCCCAAGAGCGGGAAAUAACCAUCAAGAAGCCCAAUGGUGAGACCAGCAAAACCACUGUGAGGAUCUGGAAUGAGACUGUUUCCAACCUCACACUGAUGGCCUUGGGCUCAUCUGCCCCCGAGAUACUUCUGUCUGUUAUCGAAGUGUGCGGCCAUGGCUUCACGGCAGGGGACCUGGGGCCAAGCACGAUUGUGGGGAGUGCUGCGUUUAACAUGUUUGUCAUCAUUGCAAUCUGUGUGUAUGUGGUUCCAGAUGGAGAGACAAGGAAGAUCAAGCACUUGCGAGUGUUUUUUGUUACAGCAGCCUGGAGCAUCUUUGCUUACACUUGGCUUUACAUUAUUUUAUCUGUGUCUUCUCCUGGGAUUGUGGAGGUUUGGGAAGGCUUGCUCACCUUCUUCUUCUUCCCCAUCUGUGUGGUGUUUGCCUGGAUAGCUGACAGGAGGCUUUUAUUUUACAAGUAUGUCUACAAGAAAUACCGAGCUGGCAAGCAGAGAGGUAUGAUCAUAGAGCAUGAGGGUGACCGUCCCUCCUCCAAAGCUGAUAUUGAGAUGGACGGAAAGGUUGCUAAUUCUCAUGUGGAGAACUUUUUGGAUGGGACACUGGUGUUGGAGGUGGAUGAGAAGGACCAGGAUGAUGAGGAGGCCAGGAGGGAAAUGGCUCGGAUCCUGAAAGAGCUGAAACAAAAGCACCCAGACAAGGAAAUUGAACAGCUUAUAGAGCUGGCCAACUACCAGGUCCUGAGCCAGCAACAGAAGAGCAGGGCUUUUUACCGCAUCCAGGCCACUCGGCUCAUGACUGGAGCUGGCAACAUCUUGAAGAGACAUGCUGCAGACCAGGCUCGCAAAGCUGUCAGCAUGCAUGAGGUCAACAGUGAGGUGACAGAAAAUGAGCCCAUCAGCAAGCUCUACUUUGAGCAGGGUACCUACCAGUGUUUGGAGAACUGUGGCACUGUGGCCCUGACCAUCAUUCGCCGGGGAGGUGACUUGACCAACACAGUGUAUGUUGACUUCCGGACAGAGGAUGGGACGGCCAAUGCCGGCUCUGACUACGAGUUCACUGAAGGGACAGUCGUCUUCAAGCCUGGAGAGACCCAGAAAGAAAUCCGUGUUGGCAUAAUCGAUGAUGACAUAUUUGAGGAGGAUGAGAACUUCUUGGUCCAUCUUAGCAACAUCCGUGUGAGUACUGAGGCCUCAAAUGAGGGCAUUCUUGAGGCCAGUCGUGUCUCAACACUUGCCUGUCUGGGAUCACCAUCUACCGCUACUGUCACCAUUUUUGAUGAUGACCAUGCUGGCAUCUUCACCUUUGAGGAGCCAGUAACACACAUCAGUGAAAGCGUGGGAACCAUGGAAGUGAAAGUGUUGCGAACCUCUGGUGCACGAGGAAAUGUUAUUGUUCCCUACAAAACCGUUGAAGGCUCAGCCAAAGGUGGAGGAGAAGACUUUGAAGACACCUGUGGGGAGCUGGAGUUCCAGAAUGAUGAGAUAGUGUAA